AUGGCGGUCUCACUAAUUAGAUUAGGAUUGAGAUCCGUUACAUUCAAUUUGGAGAGGAGUGCAGUUAUAGUAUCUAGUUCCAGUGCCCAGAAUCAUUUCAAAUUAUUCCACACUAAACCAGUAUGCCAGAACGGCGUGUGCUACCUGCAACAGGAGCGAUCCCGCGAGGAGCUGGAGAAGAGCAUCAGCGCGCUGCGGAGGUACAGCAAGCACCACGGCAGACCAGAAGAGGACCGCAGGAAACGGAAACAAGAGAGCGAUAGCGACAGUGACUCGGACAGUGACACAGAAUGCAAAGCACUGGAACGGUCUGAAUUUUGGCGCCGCAAAAUGCGCACUGUCCACAACAUCCUGGACGUAGACAAGGACGGACUGAUCUCAUUCAACGACUUCGUGCUGUUCGGGGAGAGAUUCAAGGCUCUCGGCCACCUGGACGAAUUACAGGCGAAAGAGUUCUCAGAUAUUAUUAAGUUAACAUGGGAGGAGCAAUGGGGUGCGAUAGACCCAUACAAUUUCGUGACAGUGGAGCAGUAUUUAGAAGAUAUGCAUCACGUCCUCAACGACAAGACACUCAAGAAGAAGGCUCAUCGUUGGCUACCAUAUUUGUUCAAAGCGGUGGACAAGGAUAAUUCUGGCUUUAUAUCGGUGAAAGAGUUCAAGCUGUUCUUCCAGUGUCUCGGGCUGGACAACGAACACGCGGCCGUCGCCUUCGCGGUCAUAGACACUAACGGGGACGGAAAAUUAUCUUUGAAAGAAUUCGUGAAGUUGGGAAAAGACUUUUUCUUCACAGAAGACGAGUCUAGAGUGUCCAAGAUGUUCUGGGGUCCCCUGACUGAGAUCUAA